AUGGCUCUCCUGUUCACGAGCGGCUUCGCCGGCGUAUACUCGAAUACGACCUUGACGGACCCUCCAGACGACCAACCCCCCGACGAGGAGCUUCGGAAUUGGUCCUCACUGAUAGGCAUCGUGACGGCAAUCGUCGGCAAUGUGCUCAUCGCCUUGGCCCUUAACGUGCAGAGGUAUGCACAUAUCAGGCUCCAUCGCGAACGCCACAGGAUAAAAGAGCAAGCGAGACAGGCCGAGCGACGGGCGAAGCAUUCGUCUUACAACGCUUCGUACUAUGGGGCUUUUGACAGCAACGGCUCUCCGGCAGAGUCACCUGCGAGGAACGGUCUAGUCGAUUAUGACCCUCCCAGCGGCGAUAACGGGCCCAGUGCUCGUCGGCCGUCACAAGCUAGGCCUGCGCCUAUCUCGCGGACCACCUCCGAGCUAUCAGAUCCUCCGUCCUCCUCGUAUCUAAAGUCUACGUAUUGGUGGUUGGGACAGGUCCUGAUUACGCUGGGCGAGAUGGGCAAUUUCCUAGCCUACGGCUUUGCCCCUGCCUCUAUCGUGUCGCCGCUCGGCGUGGUGGCCUUGAUAUCCAACUGCAUCAUUGCCCCGAUGCUGUUCAACGAGAAGUUUAGACAAAGGGAUUUCUGGGGCGUCGUUAUUGCUGUUGGCGGCGUGGUGACGGUCGUGCUAAGCGCGAGCCAGCAAGAGGCCAAGCUGGAUCCUCAUGACGUGUGGGAUGCAAUUACGACGCUCGAGUUCGAAAUCUAUCUAGCCGUGACAGUUUUUCUCAUAAUACUCUUGAUGUGGAUGAGCUCCACAAUUGCCAACCGUACUAUUCUAGUUGACCUGGGGCUGGUUGGCCUAUUUGGUGGCUACACUGCACUAGCUACUAAGGGUGUCUCGUCCAUGCUCUCUUCUACGCUAUGGAGAGCUUUUACGACACCAGUGACGUAUGCUCUUCUUCUUAUUCUUCUUGUCACGGCGAUCAUGCAAAUCCGAUAUCUAAACAAGGCGUUGCAACGAUACGACUCAACUGUGGUUAUCCCGAUUCAAUUUGUCAUGUUUACGCUAUGCGUUAUUAUUGGUAGCGCUGUGCUCUACCGAGACUUUGAGAGCACAACUGUGACCCGGGCUAUCAAGUUUGUUGGCGGUUGUCUCUUGACCUUUUUCGGAGUGUUCUUAAUCACGAGUGGACGGCCACCCCGACACGACGAUGACGAGGAAUUUUACCACGAUCUCGACGACGCGGAGGAGGCUAUUGGGCUCCUCGAGCAAGACCAGACCGGCUCCAGCAGCUCUGUGCGAUCGCGCAGGUCAUCCCGGUCGUCUCGAUCAUCUCGGAUUAAUUUUACAGACGCCUUUGUCAAGCCAUUCAGCAUCCAGCGCGACAGCGGCGUCCCGACACUCCGGGCCCCUAUUUCGGGAGCACCCAAACUGUCGUCAUCGAACGACGUCGGACAGUCGGCGCCUCAUCCCUGGCGCGCAUUGUACGAUGAUGACAUCAGCGCAACCCACCACACACAAUCGCUACGAGAUCCAGCCAUGCCGCGCCUUUCCAGGGAAAACUCAGCGACGUCGGAUAGGCUCUUUACGGAGCCGUCGACGCCACGGAACGGCGGCGCGGGGUCCCUUCAACAAUAUGUUGACGACCAACAACAGCAACAACAACAACAACCAUUACUAACACAACAACCAACAACGCCGACGCCAAGGCCGUCGACGGCUAAACUUCACAACCGACACCUUAACGGCCCGUUGAUAUCACCGUCUCCCCUAUCCUCAACGGUCUCGGCCGUGGUAAAGGAUACUUUGAGGCGACAUGGGGACAAUCCCAUGAUGCACAAUACGUCGCUGAGCCGGAUCAGGUCGAGCAUCAGGGCGAGCUUAUACAUUUCCGACGACGACGAGGAAGGGCAUGAGGAGAGGCGGGGGAGCGGUGCGAGGGAGCCGCUCUUUGGAGACUUAACAGAUGUUGAGGAGGGCAGUUCGCUGGCGGAGGGCCGCGAUCGCCCGGAUGACCAUGAAGCGAAGAAGAGGACUCGGAGUCUUAGUGAUACCCUGGGUGAGCUUUUCAAGAUUAAGAGGAGGAGGGAAGACGAACAUGGAGAUGGCGGCGAAGAAGAGGAUGGCGACGCUGGAUCUGAUGAUAGAUGA